AUGGAACACCAACAAAAGAGACAGAACAACAACAAGAGGCAAUUACACAGAGACCUCGUCGCCGACGGCAGUUCGACCAACGAGUCACUCAUCGUCGCCCUGAGUGUGGCUCUGCCGGCGGCUGCCGUGCUGUUCCUGCUGCUGGCUUGCAUCAUCCUGCUGCUCCUGUUGGUCCAGUUCAGACGAAGGGACCGCGACGAUUGGGAGAUCCAGUACGAGGAACUCGAGGUUGGCGACGUGCUCGGCACCGGCGGCUUCGGCGAAGUAUACCGGGCGCUGUGGAAGGGUACCGAAGUGGCCGUCAAGGUCAUGGCCUCGGAGAAGGCCUCCAAGGACAUGGAGCGGAGCUUCAAGGACGAGGUGCGGGUGAUGAUGGCGUUGUGGCAUCCCAACGUGGUGCUGUUCAUGGCCGCAUGCAUCAAGCCUCCGAAGAUGUGUAUCGUGAUGGAGUUCAUGGCCCUGGGAUCCCUCUACGACCUGCUGCACAACGAGCUUAUUCCUGAAAUUCCUUUCGCGCUGAAGGUCAAGGUGGCCUACCAGGCCUCCAAGGGCAUGCACUUUUUGCACUCGUCGGGCAUCGUUCAUCGUGAUCUAAAGUCCCUCAAUCUUCUGCUGGAUUCCAAGUGGAACGUCAAGGUGAGUGACUUUGGUCUGACCAAGUUCAAGGAGGACAUGAAGAAGGGCGAUGCGAAGAACAUGGUGGGCAGCGUGCAUUGGACCGCGCCGGAGAUCCUCCAGGAGACCCCCGACGUGGAUUUCAUCCUCGCCGACGUCUACUCCUUCGGCAUCAUCAUGUGGGAGCUCCUCACCCGUGAGCAGCCCUACUUUGGCAUGAGGUGCCACCAGCACCAGCACCAGCACCAGCACCAGCACCAGCACCAGCACCAGCACCAGCACCAGCACCAGCACCAGCACCAGCACCAGCACCAGCACCAGCACCAGCACCAGCACCAGCACCAGCACCAGCACCAGCACCAGCACCAGCACCAGCACCAGCACCAGCACCAGCACCAGCACCAGCACCAACAUCCACACCAGCGCCACCACCGAGAACCCAACCACCCACCACCAGUAUCUGUCACUUGGAGUGCGGUGGCUGUGUCGGUGUUGCGGGACGGGCUUCGGCCGCAGUUGCCGGAGGGCGACGAUGCGGGUCCGGCCGAGUACACGGACAUCAUCACCAACUGCUGGCACACGGACCCCAGCGUGCGACCGACGUUCCUCGAGGUGAUGACGCGCCUCAGCGGGAUGGUGGGCGACGCCACCGGUGGCGCGUCGGCCUCGUUCACCUCGACGUCGUCCAAGGGCGGCAAGAGCAUCUACGGCUCGUCGUGGUCCGUUCCGGGCUCCUCGACCAACAGCACCAACUCGCGCGGCAGCAAGAGCUCCCAGUCGAGCAACUCGUCUCAAAGUGGCGUGGAGGGCGCCGCGGCAGCGACCGACAUGCGCCCGCCCGAGGGCGACAUCACGAUCGUCUUCACCGACAUCUCGCGCGCCGCAUCGCUGUGGGAGUUCAACCCGAUCGCCAUGCGCGACGCCACAGUCAAGGUGGCCUACCAGGCCUCCAAGGGCAUGCACUUUUUGCACUCGUCGGGCAUCGUUCAUCGUGAUCUAAAGUCCCUCAAUCUUCUGCUGGAUUCCAAGUGGAACGUCAAGGUGAGUGACUUUGGUCUGACCAAGUUCAAGGAGGACAUGAAGAAGGGCGAUGCGAAGAACAUGGUGGGCAGCGUGCAUUGGACCGCGCCGGAGAUCCUCCAGGAGACCCCCGACGUGGAUUUCAUCCUCGCCGACGUCUACUCCUUCGGCAUCAUCAUGUGGGAGCUCCUCACCCGUGAGCAGCCCUACUUUGGCAUGAGCCCUGCAGCGGUGGCUGUGUCGGUGUUGCGGGACGGGCUUCGGCCGCAGUUGCCGGAGGGCGACGAUGCGGGUCCGGCCGAGUACACGGACAUCAUCACCAACUGCUGGCACACGGACCCCAGCGUGCGACCGACGUUCCUCGAGGUGAUGACGCGCCUCAGCGGGAUGGUGGGCGACGCCACCGGUGGCGCGUCGGCCUCGUUCACCUCGACGUCGUCCAAGGGCGGCAAGAGCAUCUACGGCUCGUCGUGGUCCGUUCCGGGCUCCUCGACCAACAGCACCAACUCGCGCGGCAGCAAGAGCUCCCAGUCGAGCAACUCGUCUCAAAGUGGCGUGGACGAGAACUGGAACGUGAAGGUGGCCGACUUUGGAUUCGCGCGCAUCAAGGAGGAGAACGCGACGAUGACCCGCUGUGGCACCCCCUGCUGGACGGCGCCGGAGGUCAUCCGCGGCGAGAAGUACGACGAAAAGGCCGACGUGUACUCGUUUGGCAUCAUCAUGUGGGAGGUGCUCACCAGGCGCCAGCCCUAUGCCGGACGCAACUUCAUGGGCGUGUCGCUCGACGUGCUCGAGGGGCGGAGACCGCAGAUCCCCAACGACUGCCCGGCGCACUUCACCAAGAUCAUGAAGAAGUGCUGGCACGCCAAGGCGGAGAAGCGCCCCCUCAUGGAAGACGUACUUGCCUACUUCGACAAGCAGGUAGGUGCGGACGAUUUUGUGGCGACAAACCCCUGA